AUGAGUUUUUAUCCCGGUACAACGGAACGUGUCUGUCUUAUAAUUGGAUCGUUCAAUGGUAUUAUCACUGUGCAUAAUUAUGUUAUGGAUCGAAUCAUGGAAAAGCCAGAUCCCAAUCCGCAUACAACUGGAGAAGGUAGACUCAAUGUAGAACGUCAUAAACAGGUCAAAAUUCUUGUACCGAACAGUACAGCUGGUAUGGUUAUCGGUAAAGGCGGGUCAUACAUUCAAGAAAUUAAGGAAAAAACAGGAGCUUAUGUACAAAUUUCACAGAAAUCACGUGAAUUCAACCUUUUAGAGCGAUGUAUCGUCAUUGCCGGUGAGUUAGAUCAAACAAGAGCAGCUGUUCAUCUUAUUCUGGGUGUCAUUGCUGCAGAUCCACAGUCAGCUAGUUGUCCAAAUCUUUCGUACCAUGAUAUUCAAGGACCAGUGGCCAGUGUUUAUCCAACUGGUUCACCAUAUGCAAUUCCAAUCAUUCCUUACUUAUCGAAUCCUGUCGCCUUACCUACUUCUGUGGAUGCAAACUCUGCGGCAGCGGCUGCAGCGACUAUGAUGGCUGCAGCUGCAGCUUUUAGACCUGGCCCAUCUUCACAGACUGGAAAUGCAUAUAUUUCUUCUCAAGAGACUGCAUUUGGGUUCUUCCCACCUAACUUUCCACUAACGCCAGAUGUAACAACUCUUGCAGCUUUAGUGUCAAAUCAAACAGCUGGAUCGAUUAUUUUGCCUUCUAUGCUUCCCAGUAUCGUCAAUGGUAGGACUUCUGGCAGUAGUACAUCUGGAGAUUUGUUUUCACAAACUGGUAAUGCACCAUGGUCUAAUGUUCCUGGUCAGACUGGAUUCGAUGCGACAGUACCGGAUCCAAAUGCAACAGGAUUGGGAGUAUCAGUUGCACAGCACGCUUUAACUGGUUCGUUCGUCUGUAAACCACAAGACUCUCAGCCAAAUCGUUCAGCAGUAUCACCUCCAGUUUUCUUUCCUCCGUCUUCAUUUAUCCCAGCACCACUUCGUAUGUCUCCUACAGCUUUACUUGGUUACCCAACACUUGGAUAUGGAAGUUUGCCUUCUCAACAGGGUCAUUUAACUCCGAGAGGUAUCCCUCCUUUAUCUGAAACUUGUUCUUCCCCGGUUUCCAGUACUUCAUCUACUUUCCCUUCAUUACUCACUUCUCCAUCAGUUGCUGCUAAUGUUGCACUAGCUGCUCUUUCAGCUGCUGCAGCAAUUGCAUCAACAACAACAACGUCGUCGUCACCAUUAACAACUUGUACAAAACCUUUACCUGUUUUACCUAAUCCUGGUGCAGUACUCGGCCUUUUACCAUGUUCUCCACUAUCAUCACUUGCAGUUGCUCCAAUUUUGCCUCAAGUAAUAUCUAAUGAUCCAAUUACAAUGUCAGUUCCUAAUCUACCAUCAGCGUCAUCAUUAUUGUUAUCACUUUCUGAAGGAAGUGUAAGUCCACAUGGUUUACACCAACAACCAUCUCUUGUUGCUAGUGCAACUUCAUCACCUCAGGCUACAGCUUUGCCUUCUCCAUCAACUUUACUUGGACUUCAUGGAUUACAAUAUUCUGCAUCACCUUUACCAUCAAAUAUGGUCAAUCCGUUAGGCAAUUAUGUUACAUGCAGGCGUGUUAUAUGUGUUCCAGAAAAUGUCAUUAGUAUUAUACUUGGCCAUCAAGGUCGAUCUAUUAUGGAUUUGCAGCUGGUCACGGGGACUGCAAUACAAAUAUCUCAAAAGAAUAUUUAUUUAACUGGUGCACAGAAUCGUACUGUUACAAUAACUGGACCUCAAGCUAAUGUACAAUGGGCAGCGAGUGUAAUUGAACAUAUAAUAGCUAUGGAGCACAUUAAACGAGAAUGUGGUUCAAACCAACAAUCAUUAACACCUGAAUCGGACUAUUUACUACAUGCUGGGAUAUCUUAUCCUUUCUCAUCCUUAUCGUCAGUUAUUGGAAGUUAUCCAGAAUACCAAAUAACGUCAGUGUCGAACGUACCUACAACAACGUGCGUUAUGAGUCCAUUGACUGUUCCUGUUACUACUAGUGUCAACGGUAAUACCAGUAAUAUUACGGGCUUGUCCUUUUCAUUAUCAUCUUGUGAAAUGAGUGGGGCAAGAAGAAGUGGUGUGUCAAGUGACUCAUUAUAUGUACAAAGUUCUAUUGACUCAGUCCCGGUGCAUGUAACAAAACGUGAUGAAACUAACUAG